GGCUGACCAAAUUUGAUGUCUGCAAACUUCAAUUAUGUGACCAAAUAUUUUGGUCUAUAAAACCCAUUUCCCUCCUCUUCAUUUUCCUCACAAGCAAUCAAUGUAAGCCUUCCUCUAUUACAACUACUAACCAAAAACACUUUUUAUUUCCUUAAACGCUUCAGGCACUAGAGGAAUUGUGUUUAGUUCCCACUUCUCAGGUAGUACUUUUGUUUUGAUACAGGUAUAAAGAAACAGCCAUGUUCAAUAACAUGUACAACUUUAUUUCUAUGGAGAAGACUCAAUCAGAUAAUAGCACGCCACUUAUCGCAAUAUUGCUGCUUUUGUUACAACUAUUUUUCAUGAUAUUUCCAAGCUUGGUUCACAUCAUAGAAAAGUUUUUCCCAAGCUUCUUCAAGUCUUAUGUCCAGUCCGACUUGGUUUAUGCCAACUCGAAUAUUCGGGUUAAGAAAGGCUUGGAUACCGAGUUGAUCCACAAGGCAGUUUCUCAUGUCAACAAGAGAGAUGGUGAUGAUCAUGAAGAUGGGAGGAUGAGAAGAGAAGAUGUGGAGAUGGUGAUGGGGAAGUUUGGAAUUUUUUGCAGCCGGGAUAGCGAGGAACUGCGCGAGUCUUUCGGUUCCGAUGAGCUUUCAUCGCUGUUUGACGAGAGUGAGCCGAGUUUGGAGGAGGUCAAGGAAGCUUUUGAUGUGUUUGAUAAGAAUAGAGACGGUUUCAUUGAUGCAAAGGAGUUGCAGGGAGUUUUGUGCAUAUUGGGCUUGAAGGAAGGAUCAGAGCUUGAAGACUGCAAGAAGAUGAUCAGGAACUUUGACAUAAACAGAGAUGGAAAGAUAGAUUUCAAUGAAUUUGUGAAAUUUAUGGAGACCACUUUUUGCUGAAUUUAUUCUUUUUUUACUCUGUUUUUUGUUUUUUUUCCCCAAUAUCUAGUAAAAAUAUUAUAUUUGAAACUAUGAGAUGUUUGUUGCAAUAAUUCUUGCAGAAAUUGUUCAUUCUUUUCCAGUAACUGCCUAAAAAGGUUCCACAUGGAACAUACCUUUUGUAUAUAGGGCAUUAAGAACGCAGAUGAGCCUGUUUCACUUUUCAGCAUAAAAAUAAAAUAGCAUGGUCAAGAAAUACAAAAUAAUGUAUUGCAACAAAGAAUU